AUGCUGCAGAUCGCACGGGCAUGGAAAUCCUGGGGCAACCAGAACUGGAAGGGCGGCAAGAGUUGGAACAAUUGGCAGGUCCGCCGCGAGCGGAAAGACUUUUGGGAGCGCCAGCGCAUGCGCGAGGGCGCGGAGAUCCUGGCGGUUGGGAACAAGCCGACGGCGCACAUGACGGCCACCGACAUCUUGCCUUUACUGAACGAGCGGCCUUUGCGACUGCAAUUCAAAAUCGGUACCGCGCCCGUCGAAGAUGACAUCAACAGCGUGGACGGCCGGGGGAUGACCUCCUUGAUGAGGACGUUGGAGGCUGGUGAUGAGGAGCUGGCAUUGGAACUCAUGCAAGAUCCCGAUUUCAAAGCGAUCAACGUGCAGGACUUGUCGGGGAAGACGGCCUUACAUUGGGCUGCCGUGGGUGGCCUGGAACGCGCGUGCGCCGAAAUCCUCAGCACACCGGAGUUCCAGCAAGUGGACGCAGAAGAUCGCGCUGGCAAAACUGCUUACGAGGAAGCCUGGGACAUGGGUCAGAUGGAGGUGGUCAAAAUCUUCGAGCUCCAGAAGACCGCUGGGUGA